ACACUUCUCCAAUGCGAAUCUGAUAUUGAUUUCAAUAACGAAACGUGGCGGGUAGUUGCUGCAGAGUUUGUUGAAAGCCACAACUGCUCAACCGGAUACAAGGGUAUAGUGACAAGGGAGUGUAAUGCAAGGGGGAUUUAUGAACAACCAGUAUACAACUGCACAAAGGAGGCAAUACACGAUUUAUUGCAAAUGAUAAAAACAACUGCCAUUGCCGAAACAAUUGAAGGUUUGCGGACGGCAAUGCGGGCCAGCCCAGAUAAUGACAACACGACGGCUAAGCAUCCGAACAUACAUGUUGGUGAUAUCGAAGCAGCGACACAGAUUAUUCAGUUCAUUGUAAAUCAUAUCGAAAUUAAUACCUCCACGAUUGAAAAUGUGACGGAUUCAUUUGUUGAUGUGGUGGAUAUCCUCAUAAGCGAGAGAGCCACUCAAUCGUGGGGCGCCCUUAUGGACAAGGGCGGUGCAGCAGCAGUGAUCAACGUAUUAAAUGAGUUUAUAUCUAAAGUUACCAAAAACAUAUCUGUGACGCAACAAAACCUGACCGUUGCAAAAGAAAACAUUCUGAUCAAGGAUUCUGGUCUAGCGAAGGAUGCAAACUGGUAG